AUGACCGAAUUGACGUUCUACGGAUUCCGCGGCGCUGAGUUGUCGUCAAGCCCGGAUCGCUGUGUGGCCGCUUGCUAUCAGGUGGCAGAGUGCCAAGGUGUCGAGUGGUACAACGGCAAGUGCUACCGGGCCUGGUUCGAGCGCCGCGACAGGUUGCCGAGGACCCGUGGCAGUACCCAGCUGAGGACGCGUGGAUGCUUCGGCAAAACCGAACUUCGCGGCCAACUCAUCGGAAUGCCGCGUUGGUGGGUGUACGCCGACCGUCAGCAUCGCUGGACGAAAACCAGGCCGACCGGGGUGGGCCAGGUCAAGGCGGAAAAUGGCCUGUUCUGCGUUCUGCGCCAAAAAGUGGCCGGGUGCAACCUUGUCGCACUGACCAUUCGAAAUGGCCGUCUCAACCUCGGCGGUACCGGGAGCGUCGUCGGCUACGUGGCAGAGACGAUUGGGGAGUGUGGCGCCUUUCAGGCAGUCAACGAAUGGCAGCUGUCGCUUCCAAAACUCAUCGAUUUCGUGUACAUCCCGCCACCCGGUCAGGGUCAGAAGACGUGGCGAAACAAUGGACGCGUCUUCUACGUGUGGAUCAACUCCGGCGGUGGGGAUAAUCCGGUGAGCCCACGUGAAGCUGCCAAGGCAGCACACAGACAGCUGCUGGAAUGUGACAAGCCGAGUGCGCUUGUCCUCAACGAUCUGUCGACCAUCAUCGGCAAAGCGCCAACCUCGCCGCCAUCACGCCCAUCGGUGGAUGCGUCAUCUUACAGCGAGACGGAUACGGUGGUGAAUGUUACCGACGAGUGCGCACAGGAUCUAGAUGCUGAGGGGAUUGGUGAUUUCGAUUCCUACACGACUAACGUGCUCGAUGAAACCAUCGAGGCCACCGAGCAUCAAAGCCCGAAGCCCGUCAUCGACCUUCCCCGGCACGACUACACUACAAGUACACUAGAAGGCGUCGAAGGAGAAGAGCAAUGGGAUACGCCUGCACUGAAUAACACCUUCUACAGCUACCUGGCGACCAUCUUGCUCUGUCUGAUGUCGCCGUUCAUCUACGUGUGCUGCUCAACGGAUCCGUUGAUCCACACAGCUGCACACGAAGGCAGACGGAUGGCACUUCAAGAAAUCGACACUGCCGACGAGGAACGCGUGCUCCUCGCCCGCGAGAACCUCGAAGGGGCCAGGGCCGUGAUGCGUCGACUGGAGGAACACCAUUCAGCCCAGAAGAUAGAACUCGGAUACGCUAUCACACUGCUCGAGAAGCAGCUGGAAACGCACGAACAGCUUCCCGGAACUCUACAGAAUCUCCAACUGCAGAUCGAUAGCCACGAGGCGCAGCUCGCCGAUGGAUACCGGACGCGGGCGUGGAGGGUUGGUACCGUACAUCAGGAGCUUGAA